GGAGUCUAAACAUUUUCCCGGGAAGUUGUUGUUGUUACUGCAAUUCUUUAGCUGACGUUAGUGAGUCCGUCUCUCUUAUUAGACGUUCUCUGACUUUAGCAUCUCCUCAAUGAUGGUCUUUGUAAGUUGACAAACCAGCUUUGACACAGCCUAGGCGAUAACUAAUGUUAUGGACACGGAGGCUGACUCUGAAGAUGAACCGCCUUCGUUACUCUGGGGUCUGGACCCAGUGUUCGUCGCGUUUGCCAGAUUGUACAUCAAGGACAUUCUGUGCAUGAAGGAAUCCCGACAGGUCCCAGGAAUUUACUUCUACAGAUCCCACCCGAUAUUCCAAGUCGACAUUCUUGGGACCGUUGUGUUUAAGCGCGAGCGAGAAGACUUCUACAGUUAUGGAGUUGACGACGGCACGGGGGUCAUUAAUUGUCUUUGCUGGAAGUCAGAGAAGUGGAAAGAGCCCGAGGAGGCCGUGAAAGCAGGGGGCAGAGCAGGGAGCAGCUCGAGUGCGGCGGGCCCCUCCGGCGGCUUCAACGUGGAGGAGCAGCUGAGGCGGCUGCAGCAGACCCAGCGAGGCCUCUCCUGCCUGGACAUCGGGGACCUGCUGCGGGUGCGCGGCACCGUCAAGACCUCCAGGGGCCAGAGGGAGGUCAUGUCGUCCAUCUUCUAUAAGGUGAGUGACCCGGUGAUGGCGGUGCAGAUCUCCUGGAUACAGGAGCUGCCCAAGCUCUACCGGAGAAGCUACCACCGGCCCUUCCCUCUGGACAGUGGAGAAGCAGGCGCCGGCGCUGCCAUUGCAGGUGGCCAGACGUCCUUCUCGUCGCUUCUCGGUCGAGCCACUCAGACGCUUCGCGACUUCCUGCGGGAGAAGGAAGUGAAGCGGUUCCGGCCGUACGACGUUGAGCACCUGUUGCUGCCCCUGGCUCCCCAGCUCCCCCUACAGACAGACAGCCAGCAGGCCUCAGCAGCAGGGCCUUCGGUUCCCUCCCAUCUACGCCACCUCCUCAGCGAGACGCUCCGGCUCCUGCAGCAGGACGGAACCCUGUUCCGCCGGGUUCUCUCGCAGGACGAGCUGUACCAAGUGACGACGCAGGACAAAGACCUUUUGAUGGCCAUCCGAGAUGUCAUCCAAGAAGACUCCAAGCGUGAAAAAUAUGCGGAGAAGGGCUGCCACAUCCUGCACGUCCUGUCCAGCGUCCGGCGCCGCUUCAGCCAGAACCUGAGCCGCCCGGCCCUGGAGCUCGCCCUGCGCUACCUCGAGAGCAACAGCGACAUCAUCAGCACCAGCGACUGCCACUACACCGUCGUCUGACCCGGCACGAACCCACUGGGCCGGCCCGGCCAGUCGGAUUUUUUUUUUUUUUUAGGGGGCAAUAAGCUGAAUCAGUUUCGGGCGAAUUUCGUGGUGGGAUGUUCUGGCAAAAGGCAAAGGCAGUGACUAGCUUUGCGCUUCCUGUGUUGUUUUUAUCUCUCUCGUUCCUCUUCUCAACCAGAAAGGUUGCAGUGUUUUUGUUUUUGUUUUUUUUAAAGAGAAUUAGGGGAUAACAAAUAUUAUUGUUAUCAUGUAAAUAACACAUGAAGCAGAAUUUCUCUGGAAGUUGAAUAUGCUCAAAACCACGCAGCUGCUAUUUCCGAAGUCCCUCUCGAAAACAUGAAACUUUUGUCUUCACUGAAGAGGUGAUGUAAUUAUUUCAUUCAUUAAAAUUGGCGAUUUCGUCAUGUGAAAUUGGGCACCGAUUCAGCAGGGUGUCCGACCUGCCACAAGAGGGGGACAUUCAUGCGUAAUAAAUGUGUUGCCAUCUCUCUGACAAACAUCUGUAUCAGCUUCACGUUUCCUGUUCCCCUGUCGGCCUCUUGUCAAUGGACAAUUACAGUAGACAACUUUGGCAUACAAGAGUGCACAGUGAACAACAAAUACCGAAUAGAAAUUAAAAAAUAAAAAUAUUGUUUUUUAAA